UGACAAGGUUGACAGUUCAAGGAUUUUCUUUUUCACCGGGAAAUUGCAACCAUCAGCCAAGCACGAAGCAUCUUGCUCAACAAAAACUCGUUCAGUUUCUAAUGGGGCUUAACAAGGCAUACACUGCAAUUCGCAGUCAAAUCUUGUUAAUGCAAUCAUUACCAUCGGUUAAUCAUGCCUAUUCGAUGCUUGUUCAAGAGGAAUCGCAAUGAUUGCAGCUUUCUGGGGUAUCUCCGAUUUCGGAUGCGAAAGUCAUGUAUUACAAUUCCUCUUGUUCAAGAGAGUCUCGUAGGUUUGCAAGAGUCUGUGAUCAUUGUGACAUUCGGGGUUAUAAGAAGGAUAGUUGUUAUCGAUUACAUGGUUUUCCUCCUGGUUUUAAGUUCACUAAGAAGAAGCCUUCUUAUGGGAAUUUGGUUGCUAGUUCCCAACAUGUUGAGUUGGACACAGGGUCUGGUGUUGGUGGAUCCAGUGCUAUGGCUGCUAUAGUUUUUACUCGUGAGCAGUACAAUCAGCUGCUUGAGCUUUUGAAUAGGCCUCCUCCGGUCGAGCCAACAACUAAGUUGGCAGGUACUGUUUCUCAUGGUACUUCUCGUGAUUUCUUGGAUACUAGAUACAGGGGCUGCAGACCACAAGUUGUCUAUUUUUUGUAGCUUAUAAUUGCCUAUUUCAUGUGCUAAUGUGUCUCUGCUUGUUCAUCUUCCAAAUGGUAAAACAACCUCUAUUA